CGCUCUGCACAUGACAGCUCAGAUGAGAGGAGCACGACGCACUCGCAGCACUGUAUCUCCCUCACUUUACCAUAUGCUUCGACGGUUGAAAAUUAAAGCUAGGUCGAUUAGGGGAGAACACUUCUGAACAGGAUUAGCUGCUGUUGGGCUUUCACUCCGAGGGAUUCUGGAUGGAAGAGGCAGCUGAAGGAGCGGCGAGCCUGUCUGAGGCCGGGGAUGGAAGUCCGUUAUCAGCCGCAGCUUCCGACGAGGCGGAGCCUGUUAUCGAUGUCAGCUACGGGAUGGAUGCAGGUGACAUAGAUGCUGCCAAGAAGGCGUUUGCUACAGAGAUGCCAUCAUCUUCGGGACAGCCAGGCCUCAGCAAGAAGAUUGGACACAGGGGAGUUGAUGCAUCUGGAGAGACCACAUAUAAGAAGACCACUUCUUCAGCGCUGAAGGGCGCCAUCCAGCUGGGCAUCGGCUACACAGUGGGCAACUUGAGCUCCAAGCCCGAGAGGGAUGUACUCAUGCAGGACUUCUAUGUGGUGGAGAGCAUCUUCUUCCCCAGCGAGGGGAGCAACUUGACUCCAGCCCACCACUUUCCCGACUUCCGUUUCAAGACAUACGCUCCGGUUGCCUUCCGUUACUUCAGGGAGCUUUUCGGGAUCCGGCCCGAUGACUAUUUGUACUCGCUGUGUAAUGAGCCCCUGAUUGAGCUGUCCAACCCAGGAGCCAGUGGCUCUGUGUUCUAUGUCACAAAGGACGACGAGUUCAUCAUCAAAACUGUCAUGCACAAAGAAGCGGAGUUCUUGCAGAAGCUUCUGCCUGGUUAUUACAUGAACCUGAACCAGAACCCUCGCACCCUUCUGCCCAAAUUCUUCGGCCUGUACUGUGUACAGUCUGGAGGGAAGAACAUCCGGAUGGUGGUGAUGAACAACAUCCUGCCGCGCGUGGUCCGGAUGCACCUCAAGUACGAUCUGAAGGGCUCCACAUACAAGCGUCGCGCCUCCAAGAAGGAGCGGGAGAAGGCCAAGCCCACGUUCAAGGACCUGGACUUCAUGCAGGACAUCCCAGAGGGCCUGAUGUUGGAUGCCGACACAUAUAACGCCCUGGUGAAGACCCUCCAGAGAGACUGUUUGGUGCUGGAGAGCUUCAAGAUAAUGGACUACAGCCUGCUGCUGGGGGUGCACAACCUGGACCAGGCGGGGCGUGAGCAGCAGGCCGAGGGCCUUCCGGGCACCAGCGAUGGGAAGAGGCCGCCGGCACAGAAGGCACUCUACUCCACUGCCAUGGAGUCCAUCCAGGGGGCGUCAGCCUGUGGAGAGGACCUUGAAACAGAUGACACGAUGGGAGGAAUUCCUGCAGUGAACAGUAAAGGAGAGCACCUGUUACUCUACAUUGGAAUCAUCGACAUCCUGCAGUCUUACAGGUUAAUAAAGAAAUUAGAACACACGUGGAAAGCUCUUGUCCAUGAUGGGGACACUGUGUCUGUUCACCGGCCCUCUUUCUAUGCAGAUAGGUUCUUCAGAUUCAUGAGCAGUAUGGUGUUCAGGAAGAGCACGUCCUUAAGGUCUUCCCCCUCCAGGAGGGGCCGUGGCAGUUUGGCUGUGCCCAGGCCUGUGGGCCCUGGAGCGGCAUGGUCCGCCAGCCAGCUCCCCUUCGAGAGAGACGACAACAUCUAUGAUUUGCGGGGAGCGCGUAGUUUCCCCACACUGGAGGAUGAAGUCCGAUCAGACGUGCUCCCGUGCACGCCUCCGUCCUUUGAGGAGGCUACCACAGCCUCCAUCGCCACCACGCUCUCCUCCAGCACCUCCCUCUCUAUCCCCGAGCACUCACCCUCCGACACCUCCGAGCACCCCCGCUACAGGAGGCACACCCAGUCUAGCCAGGAUGGAACUAAUCAGGAGGACGAUCAGCAGACCAUCACAGUGGAGGUGGUGAGGAGACGCGAUAGUGAGCCUGCGCUCUUAGCCCCACAGCCUUCUCCAGAGACCAGUGAAGCCCCAGAGGUCACUGCGGAAGCUUCUGGCUCCUCAGUCCCUGCCAGCCCCAGAAUCCUGCUGGACUCUGACUGCACCAGUCAGGCAUCCGGCUGUGCCAGCCGCUCCUCUGUCGAUGAGGACGAAGAGGUGCCAAUUACCGAGAUUUACUUUCAGCCUUCCGAGGAGAGGAUCUGGGUGUACUCUCCUCUGCACUAUGGCACAGAGUCGAAGACUCUGACAGAAGAGGAUGGGGAAAGCAAAACAUAAUCAGCCUGCUGGAGUUACUUGAGGACCACAGCUCUGAGGAUCGCUCUGGUUUGUCGUGGAUGCCGCCUCCAUUCCAGUGGCCACAACCCCUACACAUUUUACGCGACCAGUGCAACCAGCCCUUACUGUAGUUGGCUCCAGCGGCGGCGGGCGUGCUGUAACGUGCGGUUUAGUGCUGCACGUUACAUGCCGUUCGUUCAUCAUUUCAUCUAUUGACAUCACCAUGCCAUCAAGAAAUAACAGUGACCGUCAAAAAUAUUUGUCUGGAAAUCACGACAGCAGUUUUGUUACAUUGCAUUUUUUCACUAAAUCAGUACUGUGAACAUGUUUUCAUAGGUAGAGCACUUCAGCUAGUAGUUAUGUGUGUUAUGUUAGUUUUGAUGAAGACCCUCUACAGAAAACACCCUGCAUGUAUUUAAAAAAGAGACAAUGGUGAGAAGAGGUUCAGAAGAUUAUAAGUAGCAGCAACAAUGAACUCAACCAUAAAAUUGACUCAAAAAUGUGUCAUGAAUUCAUGUAUUUCAAAAUUCAAGAAUAAUAAUGGUCAAACUUCUCUUUAAGUGCAACAGUGUCAUGUGAAAUUUGUCAGAUGGUACUCUAAACAUUUUGUCUACAGAUAAUGUGUUGCUGCUAAAUUACUUUAGACUAUUUGAAGUUUAAAACACUACACUAAGAUCUCAGGAUUAAUAGAUAUAUUCAUAGUAGGUUUAUAUGCACGUGGCAUAUAAAUAUCAUCGUGCCCAGUCAGAGUUUUUUUUAGUUUUGUUCCAUUAGAAGGGACCAAGUCUGCUGGGUGUUAAAGGCCAAAUGUUUCAAGCGGAUACCAUGCUUUUCACUUACAACUUUUUGACUCUGUCUGUGUGCGUGCGUGUGUGUGUGUGUGUGUGUGUGUGUGUGUGUGUGUGUGUGUGUGUGUGUGUGUGUGUGUGUGUGUGCGCGCGCGCGCUCGCUCACUCUGUGCAUGAUCACCUUAUAAUCAUUUGACCAUCAGACAUGUUUUCCACAGGUUACAGAUCUAGUGUGCAGGAAGGCUUAGAGCAACAGUUAAACUUGUUCAAAAUGUAUAUUUAUUCCUCUGUAUAGAAUAAUUGAUUUGUAUGUUUGCAUAUCUGAAAGUGUGAGCAUGGGGAUAUAUGAUUUAAUGUGAUAUUUGAUCAGUGUUAAAGUGCUGGUCAUUGUCCUAAUGUGAAUUAGCCAUUUGCUAUCAGUUGCUGUUGUUGUAUGGCAUCAACUGCAGCAGCAAUAUACAGUAUUUGUAAAGGGUUGUACUGAUAUUGCUUUUUGGUUGCCUUAUUUAUUGUUUUUCACUUUAACCCUCCCAUUAUUCUUACAAUAUAGUUAGCAGGUGAUUAAUGGUAUCCCAGAAAAUGUGUACAUAGAAAUAUAAAUACAUAUAUUAAGAAAUAUUGACUAUAUUUUCCAUGUGAAUUUACAGUAUGUGGUUUUUAUUUGCUUUUUCCCCUCAAGCUGCUUGCUAGAAGUAAAUCUAAAUGAACUGAACCAGAUUCUUCCAGAGAUCAAGGGCAUUCAGCUACACUUCUGUUUCAAACAUUUCUUUGUACUGUAUGUUUGAGCUCUGUCAGCGCUAUGUACCGAACAUGCACAUGUAUCAGUAGUGUCAUGUUAUGGAAGUUAAGCUGUGUUUGUGUAUGUGGUCAAAAGGUGUGUUCCCUUUUCUCAGUUACAGACACUUCCCUCUCUCCACCCCUGUAGAGAUGAAGCAUGUUAUUAUUCAAAAUAAUGUAUCUAUAUACAUUCAUAGACAGCAUAUCCAUUUGUUUGCAUUGGGAGAUUUAACAGGGGUAAACUGUAUGUAAGGGGGUAUGUGUGCGUACGUGUGUAUGCCUGUGUAUACAUGUGUGCGCAUUUAUUUUGAUCCCUACGAUAAUAAAUCUAAAACCGCAUCUA